UUGCGUUAAUAAGGCUGUAAUUUCGAUUAUAGAAAUCAAACGGGAUGUUUAUUUUAAUAUUAUUCAUUACAACCGUGUUAUUUUUUACAUGGUGUUAUGUAGAAAAACGAAAAUAUAAAUGUAUAGAAGAGAAAAUACCCGGUCCUCCUGCUAAUUGGCUUACGGGAAAUGCUGCUGAUUUAGGAAACAACAUCUUUGAUUUGUAUCAUAAUUGUCAACGACUUAUAAAAACUUAUGGAAAAGUUGUAAGAAUAUGGCAGGGACCAUUUCGAGUAAACGUUUUUAUAACUGAUCCUAAACUGGUUGAGUAUUUUCUGUCGUCGCAAGUCCAUAUUAAAAAAUCGUUAGGAUAUGAUAUAUUUAAAUCUUGGCUUGGCGAAGGUGGCUUAAUCAAUAGCAGUGGAAAACUAUGGUCCAAAUACCGUAAAAUUUUAACGCCAGCAUUUCAUUUUAGCGUACUAGAUCAAUUUUCCGCAAACUUUCAUAAUAACACUCAAAUUUUAAUUCAAGAAUUAAAGAAACAAUCAGGGAAAGUCAUCGAUAUAUUUCCCUUUAUGAAACUUUACGCCUUAGAUUCAUUAUGUGAAUCUUCAAUGGCAGUAAAUUUUCGUUCCCAAGAAUCUGGUAACAGUGUUUUCGCUGCAUGUGUAGACGCUACUUUAGACGCCUUUAUACGUCGAUUUUUUUCUAUUUUGAACAGAUACGAUUUCCUAUAUAAGUUUACAUCCGAAAGUAAACAGUAUUACUCCCAAAUAGAUACCAUGCAUAAUAUUACUACGGAUGUAAUUCAAAAACGAAGAGAAAACCUUCAAACCGAUGUUCACGGGGAUCAAGAUGAUUUUGGAAUUCGGAAACGAAGAGCGUUUAUCGAUGUUCUUUUGGAACGCGGUGAUCUUAGUGAUCAAGAAAUAGAAUGGCAAGUCAAUACAUUCAUGUUCGCCGGACAAGAUACGGUGGGAACCGCUCUAUCGUUUUCAUUAUACGAGCUUGCAAAACAUAAAGAUGUUUGCGAUAAAAUCCGAAAUGAAAUUAUCGAUGUUGUUGGUCAAGACCGAAACGCAAUUAUUACAGCUGCGGUGGCAAAAGAACUACACUAUUUAGAUCGAGCUUAUAAAGAAUGCUUGCGACUUUUUCCUCCAGUAUCUUUCUUUGAGAGAGAACUUCUUGAAGACGUUAAAAUAGAUGAUCUUGUAUUUCCUAAAGGAACCACCAUUUCCUUUCACCCUCACGAACAACAUCGCGACCCUGAAUUAUUUCCAGAUCCUGAUGUGUUUAAUCCCGAUCGAUUUUUACCAGAAAAUUGUGCAGCUAGACAUCGCUUUGCUUAUAUUCCUUUUAGUGCUGGGCCGAGAAAUUGCAUUGGGCAAAAGUACGCUAUUAUGAAUUGCAAAGUCGUUUUGGCUAAUAUAAUUAGAAAUUUUGAUCUAAGUCCUCCAGAUGAACCACAUACUGUUAUUGUUGGAGCCGGAGUUAUUAAAGCUAAGAAUGGUUUACCGAUUAAACUUACUUAUAGACAAAAUUAAAAAAGCUUACGAAAUUACUACACAUUUAUGUUCUAUAACCAAAAAUCUUUUUGCAAGUUCAACAUUCUCUUCCAUAUCUCUUCCCUGCUCCUUUUUCCACAGAACCUCUUUGAGUCUUUUGUAAAUAUGUAUAACGAAAUGUUUAACGGUGUUUUAUUACCUGGAAUUAAAAUGUUGCCAACUAAUACAAAAUUAGGGUAUUUUGUUAUACCUAACCAUUCUUCCGAGUAAAUUUUACAUUA